UAGGCGGAGCCAGUGCGUCAUGCGCUGUUCGUGAUAUGAUAUUCCGAAAAUUUGCCUCUUGAACACUUGAAUCACGCAUGAGUCUCAACGUCUGCGAGCGACUUUGCGAGUUGCUAGUCUGUACACACCAUGAAGGAAGAGGAUAUUCUUGCUCGCCAUGCUCGGCCCCAGAAGUACUCGACUUGGAUUCCGAAGAAACGCGACUGGCGUUACGCGACUGGAGUCUUCCAACACGACGAUAUCGAGGGCACGCCUAGUGAUCGAUCAGCAUGGGACGACAUGGACUACGAGUACCAAGCUACAGAUACUCGGAAGAGUAGAGAAUGUAGUAUUGGUGAUCAGAGUAACGGCUACGGUACAGCGCUUGACAAGAGCGUGUCGAUACCAGGUACCCCAGAAGGCACGAAGGGGAGGCACUUACUUGGACUUCCAAAGACCAUCGUUAGUGUCGAGGCGUUCAAGAAGAAGGCAAAGACCGAGAAAAGGAGCGCAUGGCAUUCAAUAUCGAGGUGUCACCAGGUUGGCGAGUCCGAGACAGAAGGCGAGCAGUCAGCCUACGAGACCUAUAGCUUGACGGUCAGGCUACGCUUUUCAGGCAAACUCAUCAUCGAAGACGCGCUUCCGCACAUGGCGACAUCAGGCUCCAUCGGAUUCCCACAGCUACCAAGCACACCUACGAAGUUGAAAACGCCUUAUUCUCCAAAUUCACCAGCCACGGCUCGCACUGCGAAGUUACUUUUGACUCCAUAUGCACUGGACUCUAUCAAAUCCGUACACAAAUACCCCCCUUUUCAGCGGACGUGGGUUGAUGAGACAAGGGACUUUAAUAUGAGGGCAGUCCGUGGGGUUUUGCAAAAGUCUGGCUCUACUGGGAAGGACCUUGGGCCAAACUAUACAUGGUAUAAUGAUGCCCUUCCAGUGGACGCCUUGCUUCCUCCUGGAAUACCUCUAUCCGCUAAAGAGAUAAACGCGUACUAUCCUCAUCACGUUCGAUGGAGAGGCGUGAUGGUUCGAAUGUCAAACAACGACUAUCGUGGGUCAGACAUAUUGGGCAUGCAGGCUUUCUUCCGUGGCCCUCCUACGACAAACAUUUCAAGCGCAGCGAUGAACCAAAUACAACGCGACUCAGUCAAGAAUGUCAUAAUAGGCUUCAAGACCGACACUACUAAGGGAAAGCAUGAUGCGAACUUACAUACCGAUCACCUCGAACCGGGCAGGUACAUCGCAGAGAAGCGCAGCGGCUAUAUCCUACCAACAUUCGACGACCUCCUCCGUGGCCUCCAUCAUCUACCGUCUGGUCUCGAUGCUCGCGGUCUCACAGAGUGUCUGAGCUGGUAUCUCGAUUUCCGCAACUCUUUUACGCCUAAACUUGACUUGAAUGUCCUCCAUACUCAAGCUCUAAUCCGUGCCCUUCGUAUCCCUUUGAAGCGAUUCGGUCCCCAAAAUCUAGACUGCAAUGCGCUUGAAGAGUGGAAGAUAUGGGGGAAAUUCGAGGAACGCAAGGUGUUUUACGAAUCAGCGAAGCCUGCGUCGGCCAAGGUCGACAAUAUGGAGCAGAAAAGGUCGCAACUUCACAUGAACCUGGAUGACCACGAAGUCAAACUUGAUAUCCAGCUGCCACUCCGUCACAUCCUCGUCUUCCCUUUUCUUGCGCUACACGGUGUUGUAGGUGAAGCGCUCAAGCUUGGGAUCGAGAAAGCCGAGAACCGCAAGGCCGAAAGGAAGAGCGCAGAAGGACGAAGGAUGUUGGAAGCCAGGUGGGCUACCAAAGCAGCUAGUUAUACUGAUUUAGGAGCGAAUAAUCAAGAGAUGGACGCUGAACAAGCACAGAAGAUGGUGGUGGCGCCCGAACCAGCCGUGAAAGCAGAGGGAAAGACAAAGCAAUCUCGUUUUAUCCCAGAACGCGUCCUUACGACCGAAGCACUACGUUCUCUUGCGCCAGCACCAAAGAAAAAUCUGACUGCACCGCCAGCAGAUAGAGGACCACUCGGUCACCGCGGACCGCCUGGACCACUAGCUGCAGUGCUAUCGGCACAAGCCUCUGCUAGACAGCCUUCCAUGCCACCUGUAUCUACGCAUCUCGAUAGGCCUCGGGGUGUACAGGCACCGUCCCCUACACAUGCGCUUCAUUCAGCAUAUGGACGGAGGGGGUAUGAUUCGAUAAGGCCGACAGAACAGCGUGAUGGGAGGGGCGGUAGUGGUGGUGCGAAAUACUAUUAGAGGGGUUGACAGUAUGGAAGCUACAAGCAAAUGAUGCAAUUUCGACCCAGUCGACACUAGGGAUGAAUAAGAGAACUGCCUGAAGCUUUGAACUGUGAUUCCAUAACUUUACUCAUAGCCUGUAAAUAAGAACUAGACCCAAAGACAUUACUGAAGCAAGGAUAUGAGGUACAGUGCGGUUAGGGCAUGAAGAAGCUCAAUCGUUCCAUGUUCUACACUCUAGAACUGAAAUCUCCUCUAAAAUCAUACGCAAUUUUUUUUUAAUAUAACAUUUACAGAAAUGCGACACCGCGUACCUUCUGGGUAAGUGUUGUUGGGAUAGCGCCUCGAAAACAGAUCAACGUCUCUAUACAACUUACAUCUUAACCCCGCGAACUUGGGUUCGGGAGUGUCUGGCCCAGG